GAAAUGGCCAUUAGGAUACUCAACUUGACCACAAGUUCAUCCGGUUGUGAGAGAAACUGGAGCACUUAUGAAAUGGUAGACGCAAAGAGGAGAAAUAGACUAGAUGUGGUCCGUAGAGACAACAUGGUCUAUGUCCAAUUCAAUGGAAGAAUGAUGGAUAGAAGAAACAAAUUAUCCUAUUGUAGUGAUCCUCUUCUUGGUGAAGAUGCAUCACGAGCACAAGAUUGGAUAUGUGAAGGUGCAUAUGCUGAUGAGGAGAUUGAUCCUGUCACAGGAUUGUCAUACAACAUCAUUGAUGAAGCAAUGGGGGCAACAGAAGCUAUGGAGCCUCGUAGGAGUGCCAGAGUGAGAGAGCUCCAUGAAGUUGAAGAAUUUGUUUCCGAUGAUGACAAUGAAUCUGAUCAUGGCAUGGAAAUAGAUGAAGACAUUGAUUUCGAGUCCGAUGAUGAUGGUGUGAUGUCAACCAAAGACGAUGACGAUGAUGAGGACGCCCAGCAGCAGCAGCCUUGA